AUGAACCUUUUCUGCAUUGAAACUCAACAACAUCUGCCUAAGCUGAAGAACGAAAACUCAAAAUCGCCACAUACGAUCGAAAAGAAAUUGAACCCAACUCUUCUCAUCACGCCCGAUCUCUGGUUUUCAGAUGAAUCAAACAGUCUGCUGAAAGAUGACAAAAAAAUCGACAAAAUUCCGAAACCAGCCGAUACUACUCAACCGGAACGACACAUCUCCUCGACGACGAGGCCCAGCAGUGCGAAUGAGGAGGCCAUCAAGUCACCAUUCGUUCAAAGUUCGUCGAAAGAUCAUACACUGCCGAUGCAGAAAUUUAGAAGUGAGAAAGUGAACUGCCUCAACUCAAAUAAGAAACGACAGAGAACGUUUAGUAACGAGUCUGAAUCCAGUAACGAACAAUCAGACAAUCGAGACAGCUCGUCUGUAGAACACUCCAUUGCUAUGAAGAAACCAGCAAUUAGCAAGAGAAAAGAAUUCGCUAACUGUAAGAACGUAACAUCGAAACCAAAACGAGAUUACAAGACCACGUCAACUUUUGAUCCGCCAUUGCAAUUCCCGGUUCCAAAUCCUUUUGAUGUGUUGGCACGAGAGAACUUCGGUGCCCACAACGUUCCAAAAUUUCCACUUUUCCUUCAAACUCCAUUUUUCAAUGCCCCCCCACAAAUUCCCAACUGGACAAAAAGCUACAACCCGACAAUUGCACAACCGAAUUUUAAUAUUAACGAUCCGACAACAAUUCAGUUUUUGAAGUAUUUACCCUCACAGUUUCCAUUUCAACCGCACGUGGCUCCAUUGCCUCAAAUCCACAACACUCUGACGCCACCUAGUACAAACAUGGUACCCUACCCCUUCAUUAUACCGGUACCUAUACCAAUACCAAUACCGUUUCCAAUACCUGAGAAGUAUCUGAAGAAAAAUAAUGAAAAAGAACCGAGUCGCAUACCAACGCAACCUCUGGGUCAAACAUUUAAAAAUGAUGAAACAAACGAAACCGACUGCCCAAUAAGCCACAAUACCGACUCGAUUGUUGAUCCAUCCCAAGAGCAGAAUGCCAACAAUCAAGCUCUAGACUUCUCGAUGCAUAGAAGCACAGCUUCUACGCUAUCGAACAGUCACAAAUCUUCUCCAUCUACCUCAUUUUCAUCCUUCAACGCCGAACCAACGAACGUAUUGAUAAAGAUUGAACCAACAGAUACGGAACACGAACAAACCGACCAUCCUAUCUCGAAUCCGAUCAUUUCUCUCAACAACUUGUUGAUCUCCCGCCCCGCUUACGCCGCUCGCCGAAGCCUCAUCCUAGAUGCACCUCAACCGCCACAAAGUUCUUCUAUCUUGACCACCAACUACGCUAAUGCCAAAAGAUCGCCGCACAGUCACAACUCGAGGAAGAGGUGCCAUACAGUUCAGAUUAAGGCCAAAUAA